AUGGAGUUUAUGGCUAUUGAGGUCCUGCUCAACGUUGACCAUACUUAUCGGCAUGAUCUCGAGUCGUUCUUUUAUGUUCUUCUCUGGCAGUGCUCUCGUCGCGGCUGGGUGUCUUACACCGGAAACUACGAAGAGAUCGCCAAUGCUAAACGAGGGAAUGUCGAUGCCAAUGGCUUUGAGCGCAUUCUUGCAAAGGAGUUUCCGCCUGAGUUCAAUUGCGUCAAAUCCCUUUGCAACAAGCUGCGUAGCAUCUUGUUUCCAAUACGUGACGAUGCAAUUUUCACUGGGACACCUAAGGACCCAGAGAUUGUCUAUGGGCCAAUCAUCAAGGCUUUUGACAUGGCGAUUGAUGGUAUCAGCGCUGAUUGA